CAGGCAGUGCAUGGACGGAUGCAAGCAGAGGGACGACGGCGAGACUGGCCACACGUUGUUGUUGUUAUUAUUAUUAUUAUCAUUAUUAUGUUGAUUAUAAUGCUUCACAGUUCAGAGUAGCCUUGAAACUUUGAAACAUAGGCUAGAGGCUAUUACAAAGGGGACGCAAGUUAGGCUAAGUGUGAUGUUUUGGCUGCAUGUUGUAAAAUCCAUAUUACCACCACCGACACAUCCUCUCAGGAGUGAUGGGUUCUAAGUUGACCAGGCAGAGAAGUCUCGAUUUUGAAACAAAAGUGUCCAAGAGAAGACGCCAGAGGAAUGACUGCCCGGGAGAGAGCGAGAGAAGUGGCAGCAGAGACUUCUUGUUUACCUCCUUGAUGCUCAAGUCCGACAAGCUCCCGGGGAUGCUGCGGAAAACCAACCCCAGCCCAUAUGUCAGACGGGUGGCUUGGAUCCGAGAAAUCCAGAGGCUUCUCCGGGAGCAGAAGAUGGAGCAAGCAGCCGAAGUGCUCAAACUGCUGAGAAAGGAUUUGGGACUCCAGGGAACGUCACUCAAUGACAUUUUGUAUAAGAACGCAGCUUUUCUCAACCUGGUGGACCCCAUUUCUCAUGAGCUGCUGCUCAGUCUCGCCCGGGACCUGCAGUGUCCAAAAAGGGAGACCGACUCGUUCAAGUCCACCAACAAGAUCUGCCGCCGGCUGAUUUACCACCUGACCCCUCACUCCAAGUGGACGAGACAGAGCGUGCCCAGAAGGAAGUCUCAGGCCUGCCUGAAGACCACCCUGAAGAAGAAAUUAUCCGGUGAUGUCAUCAACCUGUCAGGCAUCCCGCUGUCUGGCCGAGACAUCCACCGCGUGGCCUUCUACCUCCAGAGCAGCAGUGAUGCAGUGUCGGCUGUGGACCUGAGCUUCACCGAGCUGCAGGAUGAGAGCUUACGGCUGCUGCUGCCCUCCCUCGGCUGCCUGCCCAAACUGACCAUACUAGCUGUCAAUGGCAACCGUCUGACAAUGGCCAUCCUCAAAGACCUGACAGAUGCAGUGAAGGAUCCUAAAAAGUUCCCCAGCCUGGCAUGGGUCGACCUGGGCAACAAUGUGGAUGUCUUCACCGUGCCGCAGCCGCUGCUUGUGGCCCUGCGGCGCCGCUUCGGUUUGCGCAGUAGCCUCCCCACCAUUUAUGAGUACAGGGAAGCGCAGGAAUUUAGUGGCUACAACCCAAACAUGGAGACGUCUGUGGAGGAGCCCAGUCUGUACGAGGAGGGAGAUGGAGAGGAAGAUGAUAAAGAGGAGGAGGAGGACAGACUGGAGCUUCAAACCUGGGGCUUUGGAGAAGAAAACAUGUCAAAAAAUGUGCCACUGCACUUCUGUGGGAGGUGAUCGCCCUGAGCUGCUUUCUUUUAGACUGGCUGCCCUUACAUCCCUCAGUAUCACCUCGCCCUAAGUCUAGCCUCCUCUGUUAGCAGCUGUCAUUGUGGCAGAUGCUUACAGUGACCCAUGUGUUUCUUAAAAUAAGUAACCAUGUUGUGUGCCCCUCUGGAUGCUCCGUCUACUGAAACUUAGCAAUGUGAUGCAGGCAGCUCUGCGGUUGUACAGAUGCUAAGAGUUUAUUUAUGGAUUUAACUGAACACGUUUGCUGUUUUCAAGUGCUUUAUGUUUCUAACGUUUAGUUCUCUCCCACCUUGAAGCUUCCCAUUAUUUGCCACUCCGCUGAAGCAGCUGAGGGUUAAGUGCCUUGCACAAUGGCACCUCAACAGUAGCAGUUGAAGAAGGGGGGAGUGUUACUAAUUCAUUUUCCCCAAGCACAUUACCCAACUGGUCUCUCAGACAACUUCACGCCUGCUGCCCCAUUUCUGUGAAAAGUCUGAAUAAGUAACAAAAUAUCCAGAAAUUCAGAAACUCAACUGCAGUGAGAUUUUGUUCACACAAAAUAUGCUCCCAGUUUUUUUUCUGUUGGGACACAGUAUUACGAUAAUUCAGGAAAUAUUUAGAAAUAAUUGUUACAGUAGGUAAUGAAGCACCCAUUUUAUUUUCUCUUACUUACUUUUUUUACUUUACUUACAGUAACCUGGCUGAAACUUCAGUAAAUGUUGAUGCUGCAGUGGGGUUAGCCUGAUACACACAUGCAGACAUGCAGAAAACACACACAGUGUUUGGACAUGAGCUGCAGAUGAACUGAAUACUGCCUCUAUCAGGUCUUGUUCGGCCCCUUUAGUCACAGAUGGUGAGCAGAGGAUCUAUUUUUUUUCAGCAAAUAGGACUAGCCCCAGAUAAUUUUGUCUACUGGUGGUGUACGAACGAUUAUAUUUAUGAAUCAGACCAUAAGCAACAAGAAAGAUGCCCACUCUGCUUUUAAAGGCAUACCCACAGAUAAUGAAACGAUUACAAACAGCUCUGCUUUUUAUCUUUUCUUCUGUGGUGCUACAGCGUGCACAUACAUCUUUGUUGUGGCAUGAGUAAACUGCAACAGUUUCUUUUUGACUAGUCUUUUUUUAAAUUGUGUAGUUCUUAUACUUUUGUAUUUUUUGGGCAUGACUGUUUACUGUAGCGCAAUAUCAGAUCCCACAGACAGAGAGCAUUUUAACAUGUACAUUACAGUAAUGUUCCAAUAAAUUUGAGAUUAUCUUAUAAGGGGAUUCAAUAAAAUGCAUGCAUGGGAGCACAACUGCCCACAAUUUAUCCUGCUUACAGAUGUUAAUGUGGUUUGUUCUCUUUCCACGCUAUUAUUCAGUAUACUAUUACAAUUUAUUUGUGUUUACAGGGACAUUAAUGAACUGGAUGCUUGUUGUGUGUGUGUGUGUGUGUGUGUGUGUGUGUGUGUGUGUGUGUGUGUGUGUGUGUGUGUGUGUGUGUGUGUGUGUGUGUGUGUGUGUGUGUGUGUGUGUGUCUAAUUAGAGUGUGCGUCCAGUUUGCAUGAGUGUGUUGUGGACAUGCAGAGUAAAUUACUACCUUUGAUCUUAGAAAUAAAAUGUUUACUCAUUUGCACUUCAAGGACAAAUCUGUCCCUGAAUGCACAAGCGUUGUUUUCAUGGGUUGUUGUUGGUACGAAACAACUCACUGAGUCACCCACAUCCUAAAAAUAAAUGUUUUAUUUUAACUUUUUCAUUUGAUGGAUAAAUCAUCAACCUUCAAACAAAUCACUGUCGUGAUAAAAAUUGGUUGUAAAAUGUGCUUAAUUUAGAUUUUGGCUCAUUAAAUCAUGUCUCUCUUUUAGUAAAGUUAAAGUGAUGUUUGCCUGCUGUUGCUUCAACAAUAAACAUGAUUUGAAUAACA